AGUGUGUGUGUGUGUGUGUGUGCUCAUCCAUCCUGUAAAUGGAUUGCUAAUUAAGGACUUCUCAGGUGAAGCCAGAGAAGGAGGGAGACGAAAUAAGGAGUAGAGGGCCAGGUAAGAGGAGACGGUAAAAAUAGAUGAUCAAAUAAAAGAGAAGAGAGAAAAUGGGGAAAAAAGACAACUUGAAGGAGGGGCAGAAGUAGAAGGGAAAAGAAAGGUAUGUGACUGUCUGAUACAGUGAAAAUUCAGAGCGAGAAAGUGAAGAGGAAGGAGGCAAAGAGAAAAAAGGCACAGAAAGAGGGAAAGAGACAUCAUAAGAGAAGAGAAGCUCUGACUCAAAAACUUCCUGUCACGAGUUCUGCCACAGCAGCUAUGCACCUGCUCUGUCAUGUGCUAUUCUUCACAAUGACCCUACACCUUGGUGUCGUCACGGGUGGAAGAGCCCAGCGUAAACAGAGGCAGGCUGAAGAGAAGUUAAGGCCUUAUCUGGGCAGAGUGGAUCCAGAAUCACUAUGUCAGUUGUUGAAAUGUCACAGUCCUGUUGGAUCCUGGUGCCAAGUAGUGAAGGAGGGAGGCCUUUUUGUUCCAAAAUGUGUGUGUCCACACACCUGCCCUCGGCAGGGGGCACCAGUGUGCAGCGUUCAAGGGAAGACAUACGGCAACAAGUGUCUACUUCACAAGGAGGCCUGCCGCAAAAAACAACGCAUUGGCAAAGCACAUAGUGGAGCUUGUCUAAUGAGCAAAGCAGAGUGCUCUGUGGAAGAGUUCGGUCAGUUCCCGUACCGUCUGCUGGACUGGUUUUUAUUGCUCAGCAGAAUGGGAGAGAGAUACACUCCAGUUGCACCCUCACAAAGCUGCCUUACACACACACAACGGACCCAGCUUGCACAGAGAAGGUUUGUUUUGUUGGACCGUAACAGGGACAGGAAGUUAAGCAGGAGAGAUCUAAGAAAGCUACACUAUAAGCGAAUGCCACUGGAGCACUGCGCUCAAAGAUUCUUCCAGUCAUGUGACAAGAACAAGAAUAAGAAGGUGACCCUGAGGGAGUGGACUUCCUGUUUGGUUAAUCGUUCAGAGCGCUGGUUUCAGGAUUUCAUGUCCAUGAAGAUGGGCUCACCAAAGUUAUGUCCUAUACCGGACAAUAACCUUUGAUCGCAGACGUUUUAGCUGGGUGGCAUCAUGUUUACAGCUGUUCUUAGAGUACUGAUGGAACAGUACAGAUUCCUGAUCCAGAAUGCUGCUGAUGAUCAGAAUCUGGAAAUAUUUGAUUCCACCCAAUUGGAUACGACUCUACUAAGCUCUAUUUUAUCAGAGAUAUUAAUUAAAAUUUCAAGACAGAUAUAAAUUCAUAUGCUUUAAACAAAUAGAACAUAAUAAACAUCUAAACAUUCAUGUUGCUGUUUUGUCGUUUUGCACAAUUAUUUGUGUGCCAUUGUGUGGGCUUAACAGAAACUGCUUUUUGAGGGACAGAGGGCAUGUAUCAUGGAUCACACAAGUAAUUACUGCAGAGAGGGACAGCAAGAGAGAGAGAGAGAGAGAGAGAGAGAGAGAGAUUGUGAGAGAUUGCGCUAUAACCUUAAACAGAGGGAUGGAAAGCAGAUUAAUUGAGGGGUGGUGUUUAAUAGGAGAGAGACAGAGAGAGAGACGGAUGACCCAUGAGAGAGAUAAAAGACUACGUGAGCAGGGAUGAGAAAAAUAGAUAAUAUGGCAGAGAAAGAGAAGGACACAGAAAGAGAAAGAGAUAGAGAUAAUCUCAUAAUGCACUCAGAGAAUGGGACAGGGAGGGGGACAAGUUACAGUAAACCAUUGCAAAGGAGAGAAAAUAGAUUGCAGCAUGAAAAAUGGAUCAGAAAGAGAGAGAGACAGUAGGGGGAAGGGUGUGAGAGGGAGAGAAGGAAAGAGUUGCAGAAGGGUGUGUUAAAGGGUGGGAAGAGGUUGUUAGAUGAGGGAGAGAGAGAACAUGAGAGUAAUUAAAUGGCAUCUCACCACAAAGUAACUUACCCUUCCAGGACAUCACUGAUGUCGGUCACUGUUUAAACAUGAAAUGCUUCCAAUCGUUGCAGCCAAAGUGGUGUGGUUUGAUAUUUAGCAUUGUGUUGCCUGAUCUACUACCCUGUUUUUUUGUUUUUUUUGUGACAUUUUGGGGUUAUGUGUUGUGUGAGUUGUUAUUAAUGUGUGGUGUGUUUGUCUUAUGUGCUUAUAUUAUGUUGAUAAAAGAAUAGUUCAACCAAAAAUUAAAAUUCUGUCA